AAUAACCAUCAUAGGAGAUAACUAUAUUUCUUGGUCUUUUCUGCUGACUGCGGACUUUUCAGCUUUCUCUGUGUCUCAUCAAGUGCUCAAUUUCUGAAAAUUCUCCUCUUCACAUUGUCAGGCGAGAACUCCAUAUUUUUUUUCUGGGAAUUCUGGCCCAUGGACGAGUAGCUCAGGUUGUAUUUUCGAGUUCUUGAAAUGGUCGGAAGAAGGAGGAGAGUUUUCAAUGUGAGUGAGGCUAUAGAAUUCUUGAACCAGCUGUUGGUGGACAACCCACUUCUUCCUUUUUUGAUUCCGGUGGUUUUGGUUGUCUGGGCUGUAGAGAGAUGGAUUUUUUCCCUCUCCAACUGGGUUCCACUUGUGGUGGCUGUAUGGGCUACAAUUCAGUAUGGAAGUUAUAAAAGACGAAUCCUUGUGGAGGACUUGAAUAAAAAAUGGAAGCAAGUCAUAGUAAACAAAUCGCCGAUAACACCAAUAGAGCACUGUGAAUGGCUGAACAAACUGUUGAUGGAAAUUUGGCCCAACUACUUGAACCCAAAGCUUUCAUUAAGGUUCUCAUCUAUUGUUGAGAAACGCUUAAAGCACCGAAAAUCAGGGCUCAUUGAAAAAAUCGAACUACAGGGGUUUUCGCUAGGUUCAAGCCCACCUGUUUUGGGCCUCCAUGGGACUCAGUGGUCUGCUACAGGUGAUCAGAAAAUCAUGCGCUUGGGUUUUGACUGGGACACCACCGACUUAAGUAUCAUGUUGCUUGCUAAAUUAGCCAAGCCACUGCUUGGUACUGCUCGGAUUGUUAUAAAUAGCCUCCACAUCAAGGGUGAUCUCCUCUUGAUGCCAAUUCUGGAUGGAAGAGCAUUUCUAUACUCAUUCAUAUCACCUCCUGAAGUGAGAAUUGGCGUUGCAUUUGGAAGUGGUGGCAGCCAAUCACUACCUGCAACAGAACUUCCCGGUGUUUCUUCUUGGCUGGUUAAACUUUUUACUGAUACCCUAGUUAGGACAAUGGUUGAACCUCGCCGCCGUUGUUACUCUCUGCCAGCAGUAGAUUUAAGGAAAAAGGCAGUUGGUGGUGUUAUUUAUGUUACAGUCAUCUCAGCAAGUAAACUUUCUAGGAGUAGCCUGAAAGGAAGUCCUCUUAGAAGGCAACAAAGCUGCAGUAUAGAUGGUAUUUCAGAAGAGCACCUUGAUGAUAAAUAUUUGCAGACCUUUGUUGAGGUUGAACUUGGAGAGCUGACCAGGAGAACUGAUGUGAGAGUUGGCUCCAGCCCCCGAUGGGAUUCAUUAUUUAAUAUGAUUUUACAUGAGGACACGGGAACUCUCCGAUUCCAGCUUUAUGAAAGUACACCAAGCAAUGUGAAGUAUGACUACCUAGCAAGUUGUGAAAUUAAGAUGAAAUAUGUUGCCGAUGAUUCCACAGCAUUUUGGGCAAUAGGAUCUGAAUCCAGUGUAAUAGCCAAGCAUGCCGAGUUCUGUGGAAAAGAAGUUGAAAUGGUUGUCCCAUUCGAGGGUGCUAAUUCAGGAGAGUUGAUGGUGAGACUUGUGGUGAAGGAAUGGCAGUUUACUGAUGGUUCACAUAGCUCGAAUAAUUUCCGUGUUAGCCCUCAACAAUCACUCUAUGGUUCAUCAAAUUUUGCCUCAGGAACUGGGAGGAAAAUCAAUAUAACUGUUGUGGAAGGAAAAGAUCUUAUUGCAAACAAAUCUGGAAGGUGUGACCCAUAUGUGAAGCUGCAGUAUGGGAAGGUCCCACAGAGAACAAGGACUGUCCCACAUUGUUCAAGUCCUACCUGGAAUCAGAAGUUUGAAUUUGAUGAAAUAGGAGGUGGUGAAUAUCUUAAGAUUAAAUGCUUUAAUGAAGAAACAUUUGGAGAUGACAACAUUGGUAAUGCACGAGUAAGUUUGGAGGGACUUGUAGAAGGCUCAAUAAGGGAUGUGUGGGUCCCCCUUGAGAAAGUAAAUACAGGAGAACUAAGGCUCCUAUUAGAAGUGGUUGCAAAUGCAGGUUCGGGAAAUGGUUGGGUUGAACUUGUUCUUGUAGAAGCAAGAGAUCUAAUUGCUGCGGAUCUCAGAGGAACAAGUGAUCCAUACGUGAGGGUUCAGUAUGGAAGCCUAAAGAAAAGAACUAAGGUUAUGUUCAAAACUCUGAAUCCUCAAUGGAACCAGACCUUAGAGUUCCCUGAUGAUGGUAGCCCCUUGGAAUUGCAUGUAAAAGACCACAAUGCCUUACUACCCACGUCCAGUAUAGGUGAUUGUGUCGUAGAAUAUCAGAGAUUACCUCCAAACCAGAUGGCGGAUAAGUGGAUACCCCUACAAGGGGUAAAAAGGGGAGAGAUUCAUGUUCAAAUUACAAGAAAAAUUCCAGAAAUACAGAGGAGACCCAGUCUUGAAUCUGAACCAUCAUCCUUAAUUAAAGCACACCAAGUUUCUAGCCAGAUGAAACAAAUGAUGAACAAGUUAGAAACCCAAAUCGAGGAUGGCAACCUUGAAGGACUUUCAGCAGUAGUAAGUGAGCUGGAGAGCCUGCAGGAUACGCAGGAAGAGUACAUGGUUCAACUCGAGACGGAGCAAAUGCUGCUGCUCAAUAAGAUAACAGAGCUCGGUCAGGAAUUUUUUAACUCACCACCCUCCCUCAGAAGAAGAUCUUCCCAUGACUGAGCCAUUCACAAGAAGUUUAAACCCUUACUACUCAUUUUUUCCCCCUUGAUGAAAAUUGAAUUCAGUCCCCCACAACUAAUUUGUUCUCAUUGUUGUCACCUGCAUGCUAUGUAAUUGUAUAUGAAUGUUUAAAUAUGUUGUUGGUAACAAAUGCAGGAAUGGCCUUUAUCAUCACCUCAUGAUAUAUAUUUGGCCUGGUUUGUUUCUUCUA